AUGAUUGGCUAAUUAGGUCGAAACGACGCGAAAGUAGCCAUCAUGGAUUAGCCAAUCAGAAUGUCGUAACGUGAGAGAGGCGGGGUUUGGCGAAAACGAAGCUAAGCUAUCGAGAACAAAAAGAAAAGAGAGAAACUUUGUAUUUUGACGAUAUUUUACACUUUUAAUACGAUGUAAACGUUCGGAGCCGUAAAACACACCAACAGGUAAUUAAAGCGUUAUGGGGACGAGAUCGAGCCGGUUACAGGAGUCUGUGUGCGGGCCGCUGCAGAAAGACGGCGGCGUGAAGCGAGAGUCUCUCCGGCGGCUCCGCAGCUCCAGGCCCAGCAGCCUCGCGCUCGAUUUCUCCUCCAGCUUCGACCGGGACUCGGAGGCGAACCAGAGCCGCAGUGAAGAAGGCAGCGACUCGGACACCGGCCGUCGCGUCUCCCCGUCGGACGGCGAUAACGGAACCGUCCGCAGUGUGGAGCCGGAGGUCGAUAACGAUGAGGAAACUCCCGGAAGCCCAGAAGGUUUCUCCCCAGAGGAAACAGCGGCGCUCCGGGCCUCAGCUGAGCGACCGGCCGCUACACGGAGACACUCCUCCGCCCGGAGCAGCGCCGCCAGAUCGGCCAGGGUUCGGACCGUUAGACCGGUUUCAGAAGCGUGGGUCGGACUGUACCGAGUCAGACACAGCAUGCGCUGUCCGUUCUGCACCAGGAUGUUUCCCGGAGGUCAUAUCGAGGAGCACCUGCUCACCUGUCUCACCUCUCCACCCCUGCCUUAUAACACUGAUGUUCUGAGUAAAGACAGUGGAGAGUGUUGCAUCUGUCUGGAGGAGUUGCUGCAGGGAGACACCAUCGCUCGCCUCGCCUGUCUCUGUGUCUACCACAAAAAGUGUAUUGACUCAUGGAGCUCAGUGAAGCCCUGCUGCCCCGAACAUCCCUUUAACUGAUUGUGGUUUUCUGUCUGAUUGCUCAACUCAGGACUCCAUGCUGCUGCUCACUCCGUCAGUGUACUACAGUGUGAGUGGAGGACUGAAACAACACACUGCAGAAACUCUGAGAAACUAAUACAAUGAAAUAAUCCCUAAGGAUGAGCUGAACUGAGUCACACUCAGAAAGGAGAAAGGAACAAGCCUGUGUGUGUCUGUGUGGGUGUGGGUGUGUUGGUUGGAGAUUUCUUUUAUGAACUAAAGGAGUUUAUUUUAUUAUCUAUAUAAUGCGACUGUGUUGCACUAGAAAUGAAAACAGCCUUUCAUUUUGUAUAAGUGCAGUUUGAACCUUUGGUCUCGUCUUACACACUUUGGGUGCUUUAGAGUUCAGCUGACUGUGACAGCAUGACUGCAUCAUGUGUAUGGAGUGGAUUUUGUGUCAGGGAGAGAGGAACAGAGUCCUCUGAAUAACUCUGAUGUCUUUAUAACACCACUAAGACACAGGAAGUGGACACUCGCCUUCUUCCCUCACAGCCAGGUGUCUCUCACACAGAGUCCAGAGUAAAUAAUCCAAUAUGACCGUUUUAAACACAUUUAUUUAAUGCAGAAAUGCUGUUUAUUGUAAUAUCAAUAAUAAUAAUAAUUAAAGCAUUAGUUAAAAUCUGUGUUUUACAUUAAAUUACAGUCUGCCUAUUUAUUAUUAUUAUUAUUAUUAUUAUAAGUCUCAGUCUGGAUUUUUGCCAAAAUUGUUUUUACUAAACUUUAUUUCUGUAGCCUUUUUUUUUUUUGCCAAAAUUAGUGUGAAUUUCAGCCAUUCAGGUGUGAUGUCAUCAGUUACUGUCCAUCAUCAUCAUCAUCACUCUAGCCGAUAUUUCUAAGGGCUAUGAGAUGAAUUUCCUCCUCAGCACACAGGCAGGUUGUGAGAACCAGGGUUAGUGAUUUAAUUUUUAAAAAAAAAGUGAUAGACUGGUGAUGAGGGUAAUGAUGUUAUUAGCGUGAAAUGCUGUUACAUUUUAAACACCUCAUAAAUCUUUUUUUAUAUAUACAAAGUGUAAAAUUUUGAAUUAAAAUAUGAAUUGUCUGAAUAUUUACACACAAACACACCCAGUGUUUAUUUAUUAGUGUAAACAUGUUCACCUGUUUCAUUUUGUAUGUCUGUAAAGAUUAAUGGUUUUGUAUGUAUUUUUACAAUAAAGAUGUUUAAGAUUG